AGACAUGUUCAGUAUCAGAUAUAGAAAUUGAGAAUGGUUUUUUUUCUGAAUCUGAUGGUACAUAUGAUCUAAAUAGAGUAACAUCGUAUAGAUGUAAACAAGGAUAUGUGACAAAUACUGGAGAAACAUCAGGAUCAAUUACUUGCCUUCAAAAUGGAUGGUCACUUCAACCCUCAUGCAUUAAGUCUUGUGAAAGGCCUGUAUUUGAGAAUUCUGUAACUAAGAAUAAUAGCACAUGGUUUAAACUCAAUGACAAAUUAGACUAUGAAUGUCUCCUUGGAUAUGAAAAUGAAUAUAAACACACCAAAGGCUCUAUAACAUGUACUUACCAUGGAUGGUCUGAUAUUCCCUCAUGUUAUGAGGAGGAGAAAACAUGUGGAGACAUUCCUGAACUUGAACAUGGUUCUGUCAAGUUUUCUGUCCCUCCCUACCACCAUGGAGAUUCAGUGGAGUUCACUUGCUCAGAAACCUUCACAAUGAUUGGACAUGGGUUAGUUUCUUGCAUUAAUGGAAAGUGGACCCAGCUUCCUCGAUGUGUUGACUCAACAAAGGCAUGUGGGCCUCCUCCUCCUAUUGACAAUGGAGACAUCACCUCCUUAUCAUUACCAGUAUAUGCACCAUUAUCAUCAGUUGACUAUCAGUGCCAGAAGUAUUAUCUCCUUAAGGGAAAGAAGACAGCAACAUGUAGAAAUGGAAAGUGGUCUGAGCCACCAACCUGUUUACAUGCAUGUGUAAUACGAGAAGAUAUUAUGGAAAGAUUUAACAUAAUUCUCAGAUGGAGAGAAGACAAAAAGGUUUAUAUUCAGUCAGGGGAGGAUAUUGAGUUUGCAUGUAAACCUAGAUAUAGAGAAGCAAGAGGAUCACCACCAUUUCAUACAAAGUGCAUUAAUGGUCACAUCCAUUAUCCCACUUGUGUAUAAAGUCACAAUACAGUUAUUCAUUGAUUUUUAUCCCUAAUGAAGGAGCUACAGGAAGUACCCAAAGAUCUAAAGGGGUCUACAACACUAUAGGAGAAAUAACAAUAUGAACUAACCAGUACAGUCCCAUAGCUGUAUCUCUAGUUGCAUAUGUAGCAGAGGAUGGCCUA